GACCUAAAACUCAGCAUCCCUGUUUAAAAAGGUCAUGGAACCGAAAUCUUGGCCAUGGAAGCAAAAAUGAAGAUCACAAGGGACAAAUGAAAGGCAAAAGAACCACGAUGUCAGAGAGCUUGCAGCUCAAAUCUCUCUUCAUUUCCUAAUCUCAGAUCUUGUCUGACUCUGCUCUUAGCUUUGAAGAUAAUGUGCCAUAAAGCUCCAAAUGCUUCUCCAUCCACUGUUCCCUUGGAUCACUGAGAUCUUCGACCAACUCUGUCGCAUUCGAUCUCUCUGUUCCUGAAACAUGAAACACCACUAAGGUCCCAACACCCAUUCAACUCAGAUAAGGUACGGAGCAUCAGAAGCACUCCUCCAUAUUUCUCUGAACUUUGCAUGAAAACUUAUGGUCUUCCUCACAAGCUUCAGGAACUGUGAUCUCGGGACAAGGACCUUAAGCUGAAAGCCUGAAACUGACGAUCAGAUUGGGUUCAGAAAUGGUUAGAUCCUGCUGGAAACCAUCUGUCGAAGGUGAAGAUGGAGACUUGAAUGGGAGACUCGAUGGAUUGCUGUGGUAUAAGGAUUUGGGCAAUCAUGUUUAUGGGGAAUUCUCAAUGGCAGUAAUUCAGGCCAAUAGUUCAUUGGAGGAUCGAAGCCAACUCGAAUCUGGACCCUUCACUUCCAACCAUUUGGGUCCUCAAGGAACUUUCAUAGGUGUCUAUGAUGGUCACGGAGGAUCAGAAGCCUCGCAGUUCGUCGCUGACAAUCUCUUCUUCCAUCUCAAGAGGUUUGCGAGUGAAAGGCAAGGCAUGUCAGAAGAUGUUAUCAAAAGAGCAUUUUGUGCAACAGAGGGGGAUUUCAUGUCUGUGGUGAAGAAGCAGUGGCAAAGUAGGCCAGAGGUUGCAUCCACAGGAACAUGUUGCUUGGUGGGGAUGAUUUGCAACGACAUGCUGUAUGUUGCAAAUGCUGGGGAUUCCCGGGUGGUAUUAGGAAGAGAAGAGAAAGCAACGAAAGAUAUGGAAGCUGUCCAGUUAUCUGCAGAACACAAUGUCAACAUACAAACUGUGAGAGAUGAACUUCGGUCCAAGCACCCUUAUGAUUCACAAAUUGUGGUCGCCAAACACAAUGUCUGGAGAGUCAAAGGCCUCAUACAGGUUUCAAAAUCCAUUGGCGACGCAUAUUUGAAGAAGACAGAAUUUAACAGAGAGCCUCUACCAAUGAAGUAUAGAUUGCCCGAACCCUUGUUCAAGCCAAUUCUCAGCUGUGAGCCAUCAAUAUCAACCCAUAGACUUGAACCACAGGAUCAAUUUCUCAUUUUUGCUUCUGAUGGAUUAUGGGAGCACCUCAGCAACCAAGAAGCCGUCAACAUCGUCAGCAAUAACCCACGCAAUGGAAUUGCUAGAAAGCUUGUGAAAGCCGCACUUCGAGAAGCUGCGAGGAAGAGAGAAAUGAGAUUCUCGGACCUCCAGAAGAUAGAACAAGGAGUCAGGAGACACUUCCAUGAUGACAUAACAGUAAUAGUUGUAUUUCUAAGUCCCAAGCUGACUCAUAAUAAUGGCUUUCUCUCGGACCCUCCCCUUUCAAUCAGAGGAGGUGGCUCUGCCGACUUGGAGUGCAAGUGAUGAUAUUGAACUUGCUUUGAUAUCUCUCUAAGAAUUCUAAAAUGUCAAGAGUCCCGCAACAGCAGCAAAGCGGUUUCUAAUUGAAACUUUCAAGAUUCUCUGUAACAACGAAAGAGCUGAUAAUACAAGAGUAACAAGAAUUUAGAUGAGACAGCUUAAAGAUGAGUUCAUAAGUUCUGUUAAGUGUUAAAUAUUGGUUAAGAUUAACAUAUUUUACCAAUUUCCACGUACAAUCCCACGGCUUCUAUAUUAUAAC